CUGUCGCGCCGCCAACUGGAAGUAACCAAGAUCAAACUGUUCGCGUUCAAAUCGUUGAUACAUACGUGCGCUGCGUUUUAAACGCUAUAGUCAUUCUUCGCGUCCGUAUCAGCAAGAUUCUGUGAUUUCUGUGUGUUUUUCUUUCAUUAUGAAGCUGCUUAUUUGGCUGUGGAUUACUGUGUUAAGAAUCUCUUGUCGAUAAAUUGAAAAUCGAUUUCAACGCAUCGGAUAUUUGGAUAUUAUUUGAGUGUUUGGCAGAGAAACGAUGCAUUAUGAUUCAUGGUCAUCUAAUAACUGGAACAGGACCUCAAAUUGGACGGGCAUGAAGAGAUCGGAUGGUGUGGAUUAGAUCAUUGGGAAUAUAGCACUUUGAUUUCUCUCAUCUCAAUGUUGGGCUCCAGAGGACCUCUGCCUUUGUGCUCUGAAAUGAAAUAAUGGCGACGCGUUGGGCUGCGUCAACGCACCACGAUGAGAAGACAAAUCCAGCAGCGUCGUCAGUUUGCGAGGCCAAACAGAAGGAUGGUUGUGAGCGCAGCGAGGCAUCAGCUUUGUCUCCGGCUGCUGAAGAGGAGCCCUUCUCAUGGCCAGGGCCUAAAACAUUGCACCUACGCCGCACCUCUCACGGCUUUGGCUUCACGCUCCGUCACUUUAUUGUGUACCCGCCCGAGUCAGCCGUGCAGUCCUCUCUCAAGGAUGAAGACAAUAGCAGCAGAGGGAGACAGCGGAACAGACUGGAGCCGAUGGACACCAUCUUUGUCAAGCAGGUGAAAGAGGGCGGUCCCGCACACGGAGCUGGACUCUGCACAGGGGAUCGCAUUGUAAAAGUCAACGGAGAAAGCAUCAUCGGAAAGACGUAUUCCCAAGUAAUCGCCCUUAUCCAGAACAGUGACACAUCUCUGGAGCUCUGCGUGAUGCCAAAAGAUGAAGACAUUUUACAGCUGUUCUCCAGGGAUAUCACAGCUCUGGCCUAUUCUCAAGAUGCAUACCUCAAAGGAAAUGAGGCAUAUAGUGGAAAUGCCCAGAAUAUCCCCGAGCCGCCCCCAAUAUGUUACCCACGGAUAGAGCCCAAUGCCUUGGCCAUGGCACAGGUGUCAGAGCCAUCACGCUCUGCCGAGACAUCAUGUGGAACCAGACAAGGAGUAAAUCGAUGCCACAAGCCUGACAUAGGCUGCCGCAUUGAUAACCCUUUAUCUCCCCCUAUCCCAUCUCAAACCUCUCAGGUCCCCACGACCCAAACUGUUGUGCGUGUAUUUAAUGAGAAUUUUAGGACAAUGGUAGCAUCACCUGAAUCUACAGAUCAAACUUCACAUGUGGCCUGGGCUGGUCCCUGCCACAGGACGGAGGAGAACCAGAAUGCGGCCUCAACAGACCCAAACUUUAACAGGUCCAGGGCCCAUGCCACGUCAUCUCCAAUUGGGGCAGCACAAUCACAGCACAAGCCCAGCAGAACUGCAGAGCUCACUGGGUUCUCCGACACUACCCCCAGAACUGCAAAGACUUCCAUAGACACUAAGCCUGUAACUUCCCACAGACAUACCUUAACCACAACAGCAGAAACCAUCCCAUCAGCCACCUCUCCCACCCCUUACACACCAUCUCCUCCACCAGCCACCCCCUCCCCCUGCUCCCCCCACCAGAACAUUGACUGGAGGAACUACACCACCUACAAGGAGUAUAUUGACAACAAACGGCUCUACAUGUAUGGCUCCCGGACUAUUCAGGAACGUCUGGACAGUCUGCGAGCCGCGUCCCCAUCCAGCACAGGUGAAUACAGCAAGCAGAAGAGCGCAUCAACAACAGCUACACCCUCACGGGGCUUUUCUGGAUCACAGCUGAGACGGAGGAGCGCCUCUCAUGAUCGGAGUUAUCAGGUAUCCACUGUGCUGCCUCUACGUAGCGCUUCUCAGGAGAGGCUUGGUGGUGCAGAACGGACUGCUCUAGCACAGAAUUGGCCUCGCAGUGCUUCCCAGGAUGCAAUCCCGUCGGCCCCCACAGGUAUCCUGAAACCGAGAGCAUAUUCUUGUGACUAUCUGGGCAGACAGAAUGAAAAUGCAACUUCCAUGUUGGACAGGCAGGCAUGCUGCAGAACUGAGACAGAGGAAUGGUUACUCAUGCACAGAGGGGACGAGGCAAGAGCAAGCAGGCAGUCUUCUUCCUUGCGCAUGGCACCUCACAGAACACAGGGUGUAUUUAGCUCAGACAGACGAGGGGGCAGUUACCCAGGGUUGCCUAACACCCCUCUCUUCAGUAGAGGUACGGAUUCAUUGCUUACCUCCAGAGCUGAAAGCCUGGGUAACACCUCUGCACCUUCCGUAAACAGACCCUCACUGCUACCUGCCAAGAAUUAUGUUUCAGACCCUUCCACCGCUGCUGCUUCUUAUAUAGCUUCUGCCCUCGCCUCAAUACAAGGCCACAUCACUGGUAGUUCCAACACAGGCGCCAUCAAAGACCAAAGAACACCGCUCACUGCCAACCACAUGCCCCACAAUGCAAAGCAGUUACAGCCUAGGGGGCGGGCUGACAGCCUUCAGGAGCCUUUCAGAGAGGUAGCCCGUGGAGGUCGCUCUUCUUCUUGUUCUGCCGCCACUAAACCCAACAGAACAAAGCAAGGUGGAUCCAAGCCCAUACUGACCAGUAACGGAACAGUUCCUCAGAAGCCUAGGUACAUAGAAUCACAACCACAAGCCAAUGAGAAGGAGGUGGAAGGUAUCGAGGGUCAAGAUGCCACUGUAGUUGUGGUUCGGAGGGAGAAGUCUGGAUCUCAACCUAUCCGCCACCCUUCCUACAUUCUGGCAGUGAAUGAGACAGAGGGAGGGCCUGAACCACCUGCAGUCUCUAACACAUGCUGGCUGCCUAACAAUACCCGGCGCGAAAUGCACAUGAGGAAACUAGAAGACCAGUGUAAGACCUCCUUUUCAAGCAACCUUGAUGACUCACUGGACUCCAUUCCCUUCAUUGAUGAGCCAUCAAUCUCCAGCAACGACCAUGACACCACACACAUUCCUGCAUCUGCCGUGAUUUCAAGCGCGCCUAUCAUUACCACCAUCCCACCCAGUCCAACUUCUUCUUCUCCCGUAAUACGCCGACAGCUGUCCCAUGACCAGGAUUCUUUACGACUCACAAUUCUGGAAUCAGAUUCUGGAGCUAAAACAGAGCGCUCCAGGUCCUUUGAUGAGGGCUUGGAUAAUUACAGAGAAGAAGGAAGAGGGCGGUCGAUUAAACACACCCAUGGAUUCAAGGGCCUUAGAAAGGCUGUUGACAGGUCUUCUGAGGACUCUGGCUCUAGGAGAGACUCUACUUCAGAUGUCUUCACUGAUGCCACAAAGGAGGGUCCACUUUAUUUCCGGCAGCUGAACUCAGAUAAGGGCAAGCGUGUUGGCAGUGGCAUACGGUCUUGGAAGCAGAUCUAUGCUGUGCUUCGUGGUCACUGCCUAUACCUGUACAAAGACAAGAGGGACGGACAAACCAACGCCAACUCCCAGAUCGAAGACGAGCCUCUGCCAAUCAGCAUCAAAGCCUGUCUGAUUGACAUCUCCUACAGUGACACAAAGCGGAAGAAUGUCCUUCGGCUGACAACGUCAGACUGUGAAUACCUGUUCCAGGCGGAAGAUCGAGAGGAAAUGCUGUCCUGGAUCCGAGUCAUUCAAGAAAAUGGCAACUUGGAUGAAGAGAAUGCGACUGUUACUAGCACAGACCUCAUCAACCGGAAAAUAAAGGAAUACAACACUCUGAUGAGUCCACCCAGCAGUAAGACAGAACCCUCACCCAAGGCCUCCCGUCAGUCCCUGAACAUCAGGCAGACAUUACGGGGUGGUAAGGGGGAGAAUAAAGCCACAAGCCCUCACUCACCAAAUAAGGACCACGACAGGAAAGCCAUGCACAAAGACGAAACCAGCCCACCCAAGGAUAAGGGCACAUGGAGGAAGGGCAUCCCUGGACUGAUGAGAAAGCCAUUUGAGAAGAAACCGUCUCCUGGAGUCACAUUUGGAGUAAGACUAGAUGACUGUCCUCCAGCUCAGAACAACAGAUUUGUUCCUCUGAUAGUUGAAGUGUGCUGUAAGCUGGUGGAAGAACGAGGACUGGAAUACACAGGCAUUUACAGAGUGCCAGGAAAUAAUGCCGCCAUUUCCAUCAUGCAGGAAGAGCUCAAUAACAAGGGCAUGGGUGACAUUGAUAUUCAGGAUGAUAAAUGGAAGGACUUGAAUGUGAUCAGCAGUUUACUCAAAUCCUUCUUCAGGAAACUUCCUGAACCCCUCUUCACUAACGAGAAGUAUGCAGACUUUAUUGAUGCCAACAGAAUAGAGGAUCCUGUAGAGAGACUCAAAGUGCUCAAGAGACUGCUUCACGAGCUGCCCGAUCAUCAUUAUGAAACACUGAAGUUCCUCUCGGCACAUCUCAAAACUGUGGCUGAAAAUUCAGAAAAGAACAAGAUGGAGCCACGGAAUCUGGCCAUCGUGUUCGGCCCAACACUAGUGAGAACAUCUGAAGACAAUAUGACUCACAUGGUGACACACAUGCCAGACCAGUACAAGAUUGUAGAAACGCUCAUACAGCAUUAUGACUGGUUCUUCACUGAGGAGGGGGACAAGGAGCCUUCGACUACAGUCCAGGAGGAGAGUGCUGUAGAGUCUCAGCCUUUGCCUAACAUCGACCACCUGCUGACCAACAUCGGCCGGACAGGCACCUCUCCCGGGGAAGUGUCAGAUUCACCAACCAGUGACUCUGCUAAAUCUAAGGGGUCCUGGGGAUCAGGGAAGGACCACUGCAGCCGCGAGUUUCUUCAGCCACGAGUCUCCUCCAUCUUUGCUGCGGCCAACCGCAAACGAAAGAAGCACAAGGAGAAGCUGCAACCCAGCAGCUCUGAUGACGACCUUGAUACCAUCUUCACCAAGAUGGAUAGCCCAACUCAAAAGCAGAAUCAUCAAAGCCAGGAGGAGUUGGCAGGCAGGUCCAGCCCGUGCAGAAAGUCACUUGUAGGAGACGACAAGAAUGGCUUAAGUGCAGAGUCCACCCCAAAGAACAAGAAGGAGCACAGGAACUCUUUCUUUAUGAAAGACAAACCCUCUUCAACUCUCUCCCCCUUGCCCAAGCUCUCAUGUUCACCCGGUUUCAACCGCCGCACCUCUGGUCCUCCCAAAUUAUCCCUUUCGGAUCCUUCUUCACAGUUAGAUGAGACCACCUCAGACUUGGGCACCAUGAGCUCUGGAGCCUCUGUACCCAGAACCAGACCUCGGAAAUGGGGCACAACAACACCACCGGCCCCUGAGCUAUUUCCAGUUUCUGGGGGGGCUUCAGUGACCGCAGAGGUUAGCUCUAUUACCUCAGACUACUCAACCACUUCCUCUACCACCUUCCUGACAGGAAUGGAAUCCAUCACAUUGAGCCCAGAGGUGCAAUCUGUGACUGAAAGCCGGGGAGGAGACGAAGCAGAUGACGAGCGCAGUGAGCUCAUCAGUGAGGGACGACCAAUGGAAACAGACAGCGAGAGUGACUUCCCAAUGUUUAGCCCUGUCAUUGCAGGACUAGACAUACCAACCACAGAAGAUGGUGGAAACAUCACACCCAAACUAGCUUGCCGCUUGCUGCCCUCCCAUAAACUGAUAGAAUGUGACUCUCUGUCCAGGAGGCGAUCCUUGCGUCAAAAGACGGACAGCGAUUCAUCUGCGGAGGCAGGGGCUGGUGGUGGGGUCAGCAAAAAUGAAUCAAAUAGACUGUCUCGAGUUCUGGAGGUGAUGAAGAGAGGCCGUUCCACCGGCAGCCUGAGCGCCCCAUUGCGUACUGAAUCGGAAAGAGUUGAGCCAGCAUGGCAUCUUAAAAUCACAGAGAGACUCAAGUUCCGUCUACGCGCCUCCGCUGAUGAUAUGUUCGGUGUCGGUACGCAGAAGGCUCGCUCUACAGAGAUGCGUGGUAAGAAAAAGGGCAUCCGGCGGCGGCAUACUAUGGGUGGCCAGCGGGAUUUCGCUGAACUAGAUGUCAUUCAUGACUGGAGGGAACAGGGCGGGGUGGACCAAGGUGCCGAACUGUCUGCGGUGGAGCGCCUUAAACCCAAGUGCGACUCUCAGGACAUGUCUAUUCGGGACUGGAUUGCUUGUGAGAACCGUCGAACUGGGGGUUCACAGGCCAGUCUAGAGAUGGAAAGUCAAGUAGGGAUAAAGGCAACAGAAGCGGGAGAGACCCAUGUAGGUGUGCAGAGUGCUGAGCAACUGAAUCCUUCUGCCUCUCCAUGUCCUCAGUCCAGCUCUGAACAAGUAAACGGAGGCACGUCAAAGGGCAAAUCCAAAAACAGCCUGAAUUCUGGAGAUGAUGCUCAUCCACAGAAAUUGUCAGGAGCCCAAGUGGUGCGCUCACGAUUCUACCAAUAUCUUUAAAAGAAAAGAAUCAUCUGCAUGUGUGUAAGUGUGUGUAAGCGUGUCAUAAUGUGUGUGUAAAGGCCUGUUCAAACCAAGAUGAAUAUUUGGUGUGAAAAUUCGGUGUGAUAAACAUUUUCAUUUGAAUGAACGGCAUCUGUUCAGACUGACACAAACUGCCAUUGCAUCUGUUCAGUCCGAUGUGAACAUUUGCAUGCUGUCAGUGCGACAGAAUUUUUCCAUGGGGGUUCUAAUCUCUUUUCCACGGCACUGCAAAGAAAACUGGCCAACCAUUAAGAUUUGCACUUUUGGUCACAUUUCAUAAAACUACGACUUGGUGGUGCUUACAAAGAGACUAUUUUCCUAAAUGGCAGUGAAUAGCAGAGGAAGAAUCCAAAACCAGGUCUCUAGUCUCUGUUCUCUUGUAUUUGAUGAUGUUUGAUAAGCAUACAAAUAUCUGAAUGGCUGUUUGAAAGCAUGUAAAUGCUGUUUGAUUUUCUUUCUUCGUGACAAGCGGGUGUCAGAUUCUGAAAGUUGUGCAGCGCUUUGUGUCAUUAAAAUCAUAAAAAGACCACAAUCUCGAUUCAAACACCCACACAGUCUUACAGCGAUUCGCCCGUGUCUAUUAAACCUUUGACAAAAAUAAUACCUGAACAUUUAAAUCUGUGUUUAUGCUGCCACGCUGAGCUAGAGAGAGCAGUUUUGAACCACACAGUAGGUAUUUCUGUGUUACAUAUAUUCAGAUUAUCACAGAGGUACUGAGAGAAAAGUUUAAAUUUAGGAUAUAAACACAUCAAAAUAGAGCAAACCAACUUUUGAAACUAACUUGGUGCUUCAAAUAACGAUUGUUUCAAUUACAUUUUAUGCCACUAGGUGGCGACAAGUGACUGUUAAAAAAUGUAUUUGUCAUUGAAUCAUUCAUUCAAAAGAUUAGUUCAAAAACACUAGGGCUGCACAAUUAAUCGGACGAUUAGGAAAAAAACAUUGAAAUCACGCUUAAACGAUUUGGCUUAGUGCGAUUAAUUUUUUUUUUUAUGCGCGGCUUGUCAAUGAACUAUGGCUCCAAAUGCUAAUCCAUCUGAAAGCACUGCAAGUUUGAAUCACUUAUAUCGUGCAUUUGAAAACGCAACACAUCUUUCCAGACAUGAGAAGCAUUUAUUAACAUCUUGUACAAGAAAAGACAACAUUUAAUAACAGUUUUUACUCCAAACUCACUUCAUAACGACAGUUGAGCGUCCUUCUGUGAGAUGAUGUGGCUUCUUACACAGAAUAAGGCAGUCUUGUGUAUUAGUCAUGUUUGAUCAGUCAAAACGUUUCAAUAUUCUGUUCAUUCAGCUACAGCGAUAGUAUGGCAUUUCCUGGAAUGACGCAUGUUCUACUUCAGCAGCAGGGCAUAUUUGCAGUUUCUGCGCAAGAGCGCCCUCUGGCAUUCAGAUGGAGAAGCAUUUACUACUGAUCACAGAGCCGUACAGCUCUGACGAGCUGCGCAUAAAAUAAUCGCAGCCUUUGCCAAAUCGCGUGCGAUAAAAUUGCGAUAAAUCGUGCAGCCCUAAAAAACACUGAUUCAUUCAGUAAUGAAACAAGUAUUUAUUAAUGAGUCACUGAUUUCAUUUGAAAACAUUUCUUUAUAAUUCAUUCAAAUUAAUUAAACAUUAGAGUCUAGCAAUUAAUAUUUUGUCAGAACCUCUAGUAAAUUACAUGUUAUUUUUUUUAGUUUUAUAUUCAGAAUCGUGGGAGAAUCGUGAUCUCUUUUUGAAAUUAAAAAAUCGUGAAUCUCAUUUUCUCCAGAAUCGUGCAGCUCUGUAACCUGGGUCACCAGGAUAUUUCUGCUUUUCUAUAAGCACCCCCUACUGUCAGAUUGGAUCUUCAUUUGACCUGCCAUUUUUACGUAUUGGUGUAUAAAGACAAAACGCAUGCAGAAAUCAAGAUGAAUUUUCAUGCCAAAUGUGCAUAGGUGUGAACAGGCCUUAAAAAUGAAUGAAUGAAUGUACUUAGAGCUAAGGUUACUCCACCUUUAUUUUCCGUCCCCCUGUCCUUUUUUAAACAAAAGUAUCUAUAAAUAUGAAUAUAUAUUAUAAAUAUAAAUUGUAUAUAUCUAAAUGUAUAGGCUUAUAAAAAAGUAACUGGAGUAAUUUUAACAAUUUUGAGUUAUCUGACUCAUUGUUUUUGGAUCAGUACUGGAGCUCUUUUCUUGAAAGCUAAGUAAUAUAUGCAUGACGGUGAAGUGGCCUGAUAUUCAGAGGCUGUACAAUACCAAUGUUUACCAACAGCCUCUGCUGCUGCGACAGCACAAUUUUUGGACAGACAUGCAUUUGCGAAACUGUUACUGAAGGAUACUGAUAUCAAACUAAAAGAAAAGGCAUCUUGUCCAAGGUUAGGACAAAAAAGAAAACUCCUGAUGUUACUCAUAUGAAGAAUGUAAUAUGCUUGCUGUUAUAUUGACUAACACGUAAAUUGCUUGUUGCAGUUUUCAUUAGUGAAAAAGUGUAAAUAAUAUCUGUACUUGAAGUAUUUUUGUUUUGUUUUGUUUUUUAUUCUGAAGGUUAGCCCUGAUAUGGGCUGUUUUCUGAGCUGUGCGCUGUGGAAACCCCUUUUACAGUGCAUCAUAACAGCCAGACAUUAAUGUGGAAGAAGAAUGAAAUCUUUUUAUAUUUGUACAGGAUUGUCAAAGUAAGUGCUAAACCGAAAGCUCCAGAGCCUGAACAUCUGUAGCAGUACCAGGCUUACUGGUAUUGUCAUGUUAAACCAUUUGAAUGCAAACUACAAACAGCAAAAUAAGUCGUGAAAUCACAAGGAAUUAAGGUUUUUUUUUUAAUUUUUUUUUUUUUAUGUUUUUUACAAAAAAGUGCCUCUCAACUGGUUCUGGUGACAGGAAAGGUGCCAUUUCUUAAUUUUGUUGUUUGUUAAUAUGGAAUGUGUAUUGUGAAUGGAUGACUGAAUUUUAUCAGAAAAAAAAUAAGAAAAAUAAAUUUUUAUACAAAACGAUGCAAAAGCAGACCCUGCGCUUCCACUGCUUCAUCAGUCAUAGUCUUAAGUCAUUUUGUGCUUUGCCACUGGAUAUGUCUUUACCCUGGUUUACCCUAUUGAGGCAAUAACUUAAAUGUGUAUAUUUUUUGUGUAUGUUACCUUUGUUAAAAAGUCACAUAUUUUGUCCGAACUGACCAGUGUAGCCAGCAUGUGAUUCCUCGGAAGAGUAUGCAUGACGUCAUACUUAUGUGUGCAGAUUUCAUCUUACCUCUGAAUGCUCAUAUGUGUGACUCCCAACUGCAAAGAAAACAAAAACACUGGAAAUAAAUUAUCUUUGUCAGCGUC